CCAGAUCCGUAUGUUAAACGAUAACAAGACUGAAAGGCACUCUCUGCCACAGACACACGGCGCAGAGCAGCCCUUCAUUCGCUCGCAUCUGCCCAGCAAUUGCUAGUUUGAGCGGUGCAAUUGUAUAUACAAUACUGACCCCCGACACCCGUUCUGUUUAGUAGUCUUAGUUACUGUGGAGGUACACGAUCGAGGGCUUUCCGUCCUCUCUACUACUUCCAUUGCCGUCAUUCAUAAUUUGAAGCCGAGGGAAGAGGUGAGGUCGACAUGGAGCGGGCGAAGCAGCAGGUGGUGAAGCGGCUGGUGCAGCAGGCGGUGCGGCGGGCAGCUGCGCCGUCUGCGCCUGUGCGUUCUGGCGCUGCGUUGCGAGCUGCCGCUGGCAACGAGACGCGUCGGGGAUUCGGCGCUUCGCUGCUGCGUGGUAGCGGGAAUGGAGUGGUGCAGCUUCCGCUCGGGGUGAGGGCCAUUUCCGUGGAGGCUUUGAAGCCCAGCGACACGUUCCAGAGGCGUCACAACAGCGCUACCCUGGAAGAGCAGAAGGCAAUGGCUGGGAUGUGCGGAUUCGAGGACAUGGACGCCAUGAUCGACGCCACCGUGCCGAAGUCCAUCCGCAGGCCCGACCUGAAGCUGAGCAAGUACGCGGAGGGGUUGACGGAGAGCGAGCUGUUGGCGCAUUUCAAGUCGCUGGCGUCCAAGAACAAGGUGAUGAGGUCCUUCAUCGGAAUGGGGUACCACGACACGCACGUCCCCACCGUGAUUCUUCGCAACAUCUUGGAGAACCCCGGAUGGUAUACCCAGUACACGCCCUACCAGGCAGAGAUCGCGCAGGGGAGGCUGGAGUCGCUUCUGAACUUCCAAACCAUGAUCACGGAUCUCACAGGUAUGCCCAUGUCCAACGCGUCGUUGCUGGACGAGGGUACCGCUGCGGCGGAGGCCAUGACAAUGUGUAGCAACAUUGCCCGCGGCAGGAAGAAGACGUUCUUGGUGGCGGACAACUGCCAUCCCCAGACAAUUGAGGUGUGCAAGACCCGAGCAGACGGGCUGGGCUUGAAUGUUGUGGUGGCGGAUUACAAGAAGUUCGACUACAGCAGCAAGGACGUGAGCGGAGUGCUGGUGCAGUACCCGGCCACGGACGGGUCGGUGAACGACUACUCAGACUUCGUCAAGAACGCCCAUGCUCAUGGAGUGAAGGUGGUGAUGGCGACCGAUUUGUUGUCUCUUACGGUGCUGACCCCUCCCGGUGAGCUGGGAGCGGACAUGGUAGUCGGAUCCGCUCAGAGGUUUGGAGUUCCAAUGGGCUACGGAGGGCCGCACGCCGCGUUUCUGGCAACCUCCCAGGAGUACAAGCGUCUCAUGCCCGGGCGUAUCAUCGGUAUGAGCAUUGACGCCACUGGCAAGCCAUGCCUCCGGAUGGCCAUGCAGACUCGGGAGCAGCACAUUCGUCGUGACAAGGCGACCAGCAACAUCUGUACCGCUCAGGCUUUGUUGGCGAACAUGGCAGCCAUGUACGCCGUAUAUCAUGGCCCUGAGGGUUUGAAGACGAUUGCGAACCGAGUUCAUGGAUUGGCCGCAGUAUUCAGCGCUGGAGUGAGCAAGUUGGGAUUCCAAACCGGAUCCGCACCAUUCUUUGACACAGUGAAGGUGACAGUUGGUGAAGGGCAGGUGGAGAAGGUUAUGAAGGACGCAGUUGCACACGGUGUGAACUUGAGACAGUUGGACUCGAGCUCGGUCACGCUAUCUUUUGACGAGACCACGACAAUUGGGGACGUGAACACUUUGUUCAAAAUUUUCGGUGGAGGCAAGAACGUUGGGUUUACUGCCGAGCAACUGGCAGGGGAGGUGGAGAGCCGCCUUCCGUCCAGCCUGAAGAGGGACACCCCAUUCCUGACUCACCCGGUGUUCAACCAGUAUCACUCGGAGCACGAGCUGCUCCGAUAUCUUCACAGGUUGCAGGCGAAGGAUCUGUCGUUGGUCCACAGCAUGAUUCCGUUGGGCUCGUGCACGAUGAAGUUGAACGCUACCACCGAAAUGAUACCAAUUACAUGGCCCGAAAUGGCCAACCUGCAUCCGUUUGCCCCGGAGGAUCAGGCCCAAGGAUACCAGGAAAUGUUCAAGGAACUGGGUGACCUGCUGUGUGAGAUCACGGGGUUUGAUUCUAUGUCCCUGCAGCCCAACGCCGGUGCUGCUGGCGAGUACGCAGGGCUGAUGGUCAUCCGUGCCUACCACCUUGCUCGAGGAGACGCGCAUCGUGACGUGUGCAUCAUUCCAGUUUCGGCUCAUGGAACGAACCCUGCAAGUGCAGCCAUGUGCGGGAUGAGAAUUGUGACUGUGGGAACUGACAAACACGGGAACGUGGAUAUUGCCGAAUUGAGGAAGGCAGCAGAGAAGCACAAGGACAAUCUGUCCGCUCUGAUGGUGACUUAUCCUUCGACGCACGGUGUGUACGAGGAGGGCAUUGAUGAGAUCUGCAACAUCAUCCAUCAAUACGGUGGACAAGUGUACAUGGACGGUGCCAACAUGAACGCUCAGGUGGGGCUUACCAGUCCUGGUCACAUCGGAGCAGACGUGUGCCAUCUGAACUUGCACAAGACGUUCUGCAUUCCUCAUGGAGGAGGUGGCCCCGGAAUGGGACCCAUCGGAGUGAAGAAGCAUUUGGCUCCCUUCCUCCCAUCACACCCUGUGGUUGGCACCGGAGGAUUCCCAAGGCCGGCCAACACUCAACCAUUGGGGCCCAUUUCUGCUGCACCUUACGGAUCAGCACUGAUCUUGCCAAUUUCUUACAGCUACAUCGCGAUGAUGGGGAACAAGGGUUUGACGGAUGCCUCCAAGCUCGCGAUCUUGAACGCGAACUACAUGGCCAAGCGUUUGGAGAACCAUUAUCCAGUUCUGUUCCGGGGCGUGAACGGAACGUGUGCUCACGAGUUCAUCAUCGACUUGAGGAAGUUCAAGGAAACUGCUGGAAUCGAGGCAGAGGAUGUGGCGAAGCGCCUGAUGGACUACGGUUACCAUGCGCCAACCAUGUCGUGGCCUGUGUCCGGCACGCUCAUGAUUGAGCCGACGGAGAGCGAGAGCAAGGCCGAGCUGGAUCGGUUCUGCGACGCCUUGAUCUCCAUUAGAGAGGAAAUCGCAGCAAUUGAGAACGGAGAGGCCAGCCGCGAGGACAACGUCCUGAAGGGUGCCCCUCAUCCAGCAUCGGUUGUGAUGGCCGACGACUGGACCAAGUCCUACUCGAGGGAGGUUGCAGCAUUCCCCGCAUCGUGGGUGCGAGCAUCGAAGUUCUGGCCCACGACAUCGCGUGUGGACAACGUGUAUGGAGACCGCAACCUCAUGUGCACGAACCCGUCCGCGGAAGUUAUUGACGAGAAGAUUGCAGCAGCCGCUUGAAUGGUAGAAUGCAGAUAUGAGUGUACCCCCGCAUUUGGAGGGUCCUAAAUAGUGUACUUAAUCGUGAAAGCUGCCCACAACAUAUCGUACCUCGGCAAAGCGGUUGCUGAGUGUUGUCAUGGUCAGUAGAACUCUGUCGUCCUCGUGUUGUCGACACGGCGUAAGGAUUGUAUAGCUGCUGUAGAUCCAUGUUAGGCGCGCCGCGUCUCUCACCGUCGUGGGGUAGAUCAGUCGAUAUUGCAAGCAUGAAAGCCCAUGUAUCUGAUGAUUCUUUGAACACAAAGUGUUAACUGGAUUUCAAUUGUACAACGA